AAAGGGAAGAACCGACAGGCAGACUGACCGGAGACACAAACAGAAUACAAAUAACACCUUUCCGACGGAGGAAACACCCCUUUAAUUUGAAUUAUAAAUAAUAUCCGUGCCCAAUAUCACCGCGGUACCUUACAGCUAAAUUUAGCCGCUGUGUUCUGCCUGUGUUUGUUUAGCUGCUCUCCAAACACACCGCCUUUGUGGCUAUGAGUACGGACCUACUAGCUGAUUUGGACAGUCGUUUCUUCGCUGAUAACCUCCUGACAAGCGAAGACUGGGAUGCCUGCCUGUACCAGUGUGAGAGCAUGGAGGAGGGGGAGGACGGAGACUUCGGCCGGGGCCUGAAAUACGAAACAUCGUUUGAGAACGACCUCGUGCUCACCCUCGAUCCUGACAACCCCACAUCGCCAUGGCAACACCUGGACGACAACCUUCUCACAGGGGAAGCUCCUGUGAUUAAAAGUGAAAUGACUAUUACUCAGCCGUUACCAGUGGAAAUGUUGUUCCAGGUGAAAGCAGAGCCUCCCUCUCCUGCAUCCUCGCUCGGGUCCGACUGCUCGGUGUCCUCGCCAGACCCACAGAUCACAGUUAAAGGUGAAAACCCUCCGACUCCUCCAUACAUGUACGGAGACGUGCUCUCUCCUCCGCUGGGGUCCAUGGAGAUCACGGUGGCCACUUCAGCCGUACCCCCUCAGCAGACGCAGCUACAGACGCCGUUAACGACACAGAUCCCAGCAGUCAUCAGUGGACUCCAGACUCAGGCUACAGUUCUGCCGGGUUCGGCCACAUUAAAGGCCAGCACCAUCCUGAGCACCAAACCUCCCAUCCAGCCCAGGCCGGUGUGCGUCACCACCCUCCCCGUCCCCCAGACCCCCGCACCAGCCAAGACCCUCAUACUGCAGGGCCUCCCCUCCAUGGACCAGACCAGACCUGUCGUCCUGUCUCCGUCCGUCUGCCUCGGUUCAGCUCCGGCCAUCGUCAAAAUGGAGCCCGUCUCUCCCAGCAUCCCCCAGCACUGCUCCAGCCCCACAGCUCCGCCCACUAGCAAACCCAUCGUUCCGGCGACGCCGCCAUUACCGUGCAGCAACUCCAACGACAUUGACAUGAAGGUGCUGAAGCGGCAGCAGAGGAUGAUAAAGAACCGGGAGUCGGCCUGCCAGUCGAGGAAGAAGAAGAAGGAGUACCUGCAGAACCUGGAGUCUCAGCUCAGGGAGGCCCAGCAGGAGAACGAACGUCUCCGCAGAGAGAACCAGGCGCUGAGGGAGAGGCUGGCCGGGAAAGAGGGCAGCGACUCGGCGAACAACAAGAGAGCCAUAUGCGUCAUGGCCGUCCUGCUGUUCAUGACCUUCAGCUUCGGACCCGUCAGCAUCACAGACAGGAAGCUGACGGACCUACAGGAAGGUGUGGUGUCGUAUACGGGCCGGCGGCUGCUGGAGAUGGAACAACAAGACCAGCAGCAGCAGCAGCAGGAGGCAGCUGCUCCGCCUCCGAGCAGAGUGGACGACAGGACAGAUACGGAGGAGGAAGCCGGAGACGAGGCUGCAGGGUCGUUUCAGUUCAGGAACCUGAGUGACGUGUUCAGUGACAUGAAGGAUUUGGUGCUGCAGGACAUCGAUCGUUACUUCACCUCCUCAGACUGCAGACAGUUCAACCGCUCCGAGUCUCUCAGGCUGGCAGAUGAGCUGAGAGGUUGGGUCCGCCGACACCAGAUCGACCGGAAGAAGUCUGGAGGAAAACCAAAAAUCGCCAAGAAGGCCAAGAUUGCCCAGAAAGCUCAGAUGAGGAAGACAAACUUCUCCAGAUAUCUGCCGAUCCAGACUCACCGCUCCAUAGAAAGUCAGCUGCAGGUGCUUCCUGGUCCUGAGGUCACCUACAGCGACUUCCUGGACGCCAUCGACCGCAGAGAGGACACUUUCUACGUCGUCUCUUUCGGACGGGAUCACCUGUUGUUACCAGCCAUCAGCCACAAUAAAACCAGCAGACCUAAAAUGUCUCUGGUGAUGCCGGCCAUGUCUGUGAACGAGAGUCUGUAUAACUCCUCUCAGGGCUACGAGAUGAUGAUGCAGGUCGACUGCGAGGUCAUGGACACCCGCAUCGUCCCCAUCAAGUCCUCCGCCGUGCCGCCGUCUCUCCGUGACCCGCCCCCGCCUCCCCCCUCCUCCCACCACAGCCCCCACCAUCACCACAGCAACCACACCUCGCUGCGAGGGCGCCACCACCAUCACCCCUCUUCCUCUUCAUCGUCGCCAUCCCCGAGGCAACCUUUACCCGCCCGCCGACAGACCGCCGAAUAUUUAAUCAGCCAAUCAGAAGGGGUCUGAUGGAAAGAGACAGCGAUGGCAAACAGAAAACAUUACAGUUUGACGCUUAAAGAUUUGUUUGUUUUGAUGUUGUCAAAGACGGAUAUCUUUAAAAAUAACGUCAUCAUCCCUGCGGCAGGUAACAAAUACACAUUUCUUCUUUCUCCAUGAAACACCUGCAGAAGGAUUUUAAUCAGUGACCACUGUCACCAAGCUCUUAGAAAAUAAUGUCCUAAUGUAUAAAUUUCUAAAAAUGAAAGUCGGAUGCAGACGCGGGAGCGCACCGCACUUUGAACGAGUGCUGCGUUUUAAUAUUUAAUUGUGAAAAUGUACAGUUUGAAUGCAUGUUGGACACGUCUCCACUUCCUCCCACUGUACAAAAUGUCUGUCCUACCCAGUAGCGAGCGGGGCUCAGCUGUCAAUAAUGACGUGAAACCAUCUUUUAUAGUUCGUCCCCACCUGUACUGCAGCCAGCCGCCGGGGGCGAUCGAGCUGUCAUGUCUUCCAGUCUGUGGUUGUAACUGGUUCGGCCCACGGGUGGCGCUGCAGGGCUGCACAGUUACAGUGAAAAGUUCCCUGGAUAUCAGGAUUAAUAUUUUUCUGCAUAAUCUCAUCUGUUCUAAUUCAGUCGGAGUGAAAUAUUUUCAUCAGCAAUAAGAGAAGCUAAAAUCAAGACUGUGCAGCUCCGGCAGGGGUGUUUUCCCCGACACGUCUCCCGCUCGGUCGUGGUUCCUGUGGAGUUUCCGUUUGUAUAUUUGUGUUGACGAAAACCGAAAACAUGUAGUCUGGAUGUUUGAGAUCAGUUCUGACGGCCGCUGCGUGAAGUUGGAUCUUGAUGUUAGCAGGAAGAAGAAUAACUCCACUGUUUAAACAUCUGAUAUAAAUAUGUCCGUCUCUGUUAACAUCAGCAGAGGCUAACAUUUCUCAUUAAUCACAUACGGGAAAAACAUGAAGAAACAGCAUCUUUUAGUUCCUGACAGAAGCUCUAACAGCUAAAACACGUGUUUUAAUGUUGAGUUGUUUUUCACAAAGAAGAGCUGAUUUGUCAUUCUUGUAGUUUCUUUAUAAAUUAUACAUCUUAAGGAAGCUGGACGGAUGUUUGGCCUUUUGUAGAGAAGCUCACAGCACACCUGAAACAAUUAGUCGAUUUAUUAGUUAAUUAGUUUAUCAAGAGAAAAAUAAGUUGAUUAAUAGUUUCAGUCAUUUAGUUUCAAGCCUAAUUACCACAUAUUUGCUGGUUGCAUCUUCUCAAAUGUGGGAAUUUGCUGCUUAUCUUUCAUAUAUCAUUGUAAGAAACUUUAAAAAUAGGCAAAUUAAUCCAAUAAAAGAAAAUAAAAAUUGUAGGAAAAAGUGCUCUGUCUACUCAAGUAAGAGAAGUAAUUUCACAAUAGGAAAAAUAAUUUAAAAUGUUACUUAAAGGACUUCAUGAUUCGGUUACAGCGUCUAGUGGAGCUCGCAAAUCCUCGAGUUUGAUGCUGCAAAGAUAAUGUGUCAGAUGAAAGUGAUAGUUGCAUAAAAACAACAGUAAGUUAGUGGUUAGUCAGCGAUUUGGCCGACUGGUUUGGCCUGCUCAUCAACAAGACCUGAUUGCUUCACUUUGCCCUAAAAAACAAAACAAAAACAAACAUCACGCUCCUUCUGAGUCAUAUCUGAUAUCUCUGUCCAUCACAAAUAAACCGUCCGUAAAUUAGUUUAAAAGUCGUAGGAAUAAAGACAAAUCGUGUAACUAACCAGAACUUGCCUGAGAAUCAUCACAGUUUUAAGUUUUGUUCAGGAUCACAGUAAUCCAGUGAUGGCUGUUGGUACAUCCGGGGGUACGCUGCUAACAGGAAGUGCUAACUCGGCUACUUUGGAUGCCUCCAGUUUGCCAAAUUAAGGCUACAAACAAAUACAGCAAAUAAAGUCGAAAAACCUCAGAGAAGCUGUGACCAGCUUUUUUUUUUUUUUACUAAUCAUUCAACAAAGUUUCAGAUCAGCUGAUUUCCGUCUCUGUCUGAUAAACGCAUGAACAGGGUGCUGAUGGAUUUUUGCUGAGCAGCACUUGAUGUUUGGUGCCUUGCUCAGGGACUCUUUACCCUCCUGUUCAGUAAGAUCCAACUUUGUGUGGCGGCCAUCGGGUUUAUUCAUGUUUGUCCUUUUUUUUUUUUUUUUUUUUUUUUUUUUUAUAGAAAAAUCUCGUUUUGAAUGGGGAUUAUUUAAUAGUUGUAAAUAUCAGUGUUGACUUUGUAGAUAUAUUGUUUGUUUGUGUCACCUUUUUUAUAAUUAUUUAAUUGCUUUUGUCUUUUUCACAACAAAAAGUAAAAUCGAAGAAAAAAAGAAAUAAAGUGGUUCCUGGAAUAACGAGGCUCGCAGUGAAACAAAACAGACUGCUGUUGAAUUUUAUAUUUUUGUGUUCAGUGGACCAACCACCAAGUCGCUCUGCGCUAGUUCAUAGUAUGAACUCAGGAUAUUCUGUCCUGAUACAAUAUAUUUAUGGAAAUAUAUACACUGCUUUGUACAGAAUAAACUUGUAGGGAGUUUCAGUUCCUCCUGCAACUACAGAAAAAGUUUUGUUCUAAAAAGGUACCGAAACCAUCCCAGAAAAGAUCAUUACUGCCAAAACAAGUCACCAUUGUUGAGCCUCUUUCACCUGCAGACACGAUGAUUUUUUUUUUUACUUGUAAAAUUGAGUUUGUAAAAAAUAACAGAACGACAUGUUUCAGGGUUUCUUUGUUUUAUCAAAAAGACCUUGUUUUUCUUCUCGUCUUUGUGUUUUUGCGUCUUAAAUUGAAUCUUUUCAUCAAAUCAAAAAGCCUUUAAAUCUAAGUUUAAAGUGUCAUUCCAACAAUUUUACAUAUGAAGAUCAGUUUACUUGACAUUCUGUAGGCUCAAAGUUUUUUUUUUUUUUUUUUAACGCGUUACAAAACAUAACACUAUAAAACAACAUAUUGACAAUCAAAUAACUAAAACUUGCCAUUUAGCAAAAAGAACUACAGGAAUAUUUAGUAUUUGCUGAUGAAAUAGGAUUCAAAAGAGAAAACAGUUAAUAAUUUUUCAUUUUGUUGCCAAGAGUCUGACACAUUAACUCCCUGUAAAGUGAUGAAUUGUCGUUUUUACACUUGGAUUUUUGUACAGUUUGAACAAACAGUAUAGAUGGUGUUAUUCAGUGCGAGGUGGAUUUUGUUACUUUUGACCAAAACUAGCUGUUUCCCCAUUUCCAGUCUUUAUGCUAAGCGAAGCUAAACAGCUUCAUAUUCUCUGUGCAGACAUGAGUGGCAUCAACCUUAACGUCUCUCUAAAAACUAUUACUUUAACUAAUCUGGGUAUUUUUCUGUUUGUUUAUUUUUUAUUUAAACGGAUAAAAAUCAUAAAUAUGUAAAUAAAUCUUUCUAUUCCAUCCCCAGUGAUGAAAAGACAGCGUUUGAACUGCUGGAAUGUUUUGUAGGAAACAAAGAGAUGACUUUCAUAAAGAUAUAAUAAACUAAA